AUGAUACGUUAUCACCCGCUACCUAAUCGUCCAACUAUUGGUGUGUUUCUCAUUUUUAUUUUAGUCUACACCGAGAUGAAGCGAAAUGUUGCAAGAACCGCCAACAGAGGACCGAGAAGAGUACAAAAAGUUGAGCAGAAGUCUCCGAUAGGUGUUAACCAACAAAAAAGUCCAAGUCCAAGUCCAAUUGUGCCAUUACGAACAAGAGUGUCGAAUAAAAAUAUUCCUUUACUACAGUCGACUAAAAAGGUAAUGGACAAGGAACGUUGGGAAUUCGAUGAGAAAGAUUCUGCUACAAUAGCUAAAUGUGUGGGAGGUGUAUUAUAUCGUCUGAGAAAAGCCGGAGCUUUGAGAUCAAUAAGGGAGGAGUUUAUGCGCACAAGGAAUUACAUACCACAAGGUCCUAAAGAAGCUUUCUUAGCGAACGAAUCGAGAAAUCGCUACAGAGAUGUUUUACUGUUAGACAAUACUCGCGUAGUGUUGAAAAACAGAAGCAGCGAUUACAUACAUGCAAGUAAAGUAAUGGUAGGAAGCAAUGUAUUUAUCUGCACGCAAGGACCACUAGAAAAUACAGUUGAAAGUUUUUGGGCUAUGGUAUUCCAAGAAAACGUGAAGUUGAUAGUCCAACUAUGUCGUUUUUCGGAGGAAGGCAAAGAGAAAUGCUAUGAAUACUUACCAAGAAAUGAAGGAAUAAUGGUAUUUGGAGAUUUUGUAAUUGAAUGCAUUUGUCGUAACAAACUCCCCGAAACGGAUGGAGCCACCUGUGGAUUAUUGGAGGUCAAAAGCAGAGGAAGGAAAGAGCAGGUGGAGCAUAUCUUGUAUGAAAACUGGUAUGAUCACGCGGCGCCCGAAAAUUUCAAUGCUUCAUUCGAACUCAUCCAGAUAGCAAAGAGGAAACGAAAAAAUGCUCCUGUCGUAGUACAUUGCUCUGCAGGAGUAGGUCGGACGGGAUGCUUCGUCGGAGUUGAACUGGCAGCUCACUGGGCUGCAACAAAAAAGACCUUGCAAAUGGAUUUGCUGCUGAAAGAGUUGCGAGAUCAGCGGAUGCACAGCGUACAAACUGACGUGCAGUACCUUUACAUCUACCGAGGUCUUAUUGAAUAUCUCAUACGGAAAGGAGUAACAAGAAGGUUGGAUGUAUCUAAGUUUGUGAAUGACUACGACAGUUUAAUAAAAAGAAGAAAGACUAAAGAGCAAGAUAAAGAAAACCUAUCACUUGCUGUAAAAGAAGGCAGAUCGAAAGAUUAUUGUCCUUCAGUAUAUUUCAUCUUAUAAUAGUGUGCAUUACCAAAC